GCUGAGCUCUUCCUGUAAGAGCCGGAGUCCUGCUGUAGGCGCCUCUCAGCUCUGAACCACUUCACCUGUGGUUCAUCCUCCGUCUUUCAUCGAGCUAGAGGCCUCACUGGCCUUUUGUCAGUGUGGGACGAGGCCCGGUGCCCGAUGUCCAAGCUGAGGCCAGAUAAAGGCUUUCACCUGGGUUCCUCAUCUGAGACUGAAGCUGCAGAGAAACCUCUUCCCUCUUUUGUAUUUUACGUCUGUGUGAAGGACUAAAACAACACAAGUCUCUUUUAGUUCAAGGUGUGAGGUAUGGACGCACACAGCUGAAGAUGGGAUCUGCUGCUUCAUACGUUGGCCGGCUGUGUGGAAGCGAGAAGAAGCAGGAGGAGGAGAGACGCCUGCGAGCUAACGACAGACCCUCCAACCUGUCCUACCGCUAUGCUAACAACGCCAUCAGGACCUCCAAGUACAACAUUUUCACCUUCCUGCCACUGAACCUCUUCGAGCAGUUCAGGAGGCUCGCCAACGCCUACUUCCUGUUCCUGUUCAUCCUGCAGCUCAUCCCUCAAAUCUCCUCCCUCUCCUGGUUCACCACGGCGGUUCCCCUCGUCCUGGUUCUGUCUAUAACAGCGGUGAAAGACGCUAGUGACGACAUUAACAGGCACAAAAGCGACAAGCAGGUGAAUAACCGCAAGGUAGACGUCCUCAUCGAUGGAGACCUGCGAAAUGAAAAGUGGAUGAAUGUUCAAGUUGGAGACAUAAUCAAACUGGAGAAUAAUGAGUUUGUUACUGCAGACCUUCUGUUGCUGUCCAGCAGCGAGCCUCUCAACCUGGUCUAUGUGGAAACGGCUGAAUUAGACGGUGAAACCAACCUGAAGGUGAAGCAGGCGCUGACCGUGACUGGAGCGAUGGGGGACGACGUCCGGGCCCUCGCCGCCUUCGCCGGUGAAGUGCGCUGUGAGCCUCCAAACAACCGCCUGGACAAGUUCAAGGGGACGCUGACGGUGGACGGACAGACCUUCGCCCUGGACAACGACAAGGUGCUGCUCAGAGGCUGCACCCUGAGGAACACGGAGUGGUGCUUCGGCCUGGUCGUCUUCGGGGGCCCUGACACCAAGCUGAUGCAGAACAGUGGUAGGACGACGUUCAAACGGACGAGCAUCGAUCACCUGAUGAAUGUCCUGGUGCUGUGUAUCUUCGGCUUCCUGGCGGCCAUGUGUGGCGUGCUGGCCGUCGGUAACGCCCUGUGGGAGGUGAGGGACGGCUCUGUGUUCACUGCCUUCCUGCCCCGGGAGUCGGGCGCCGGCGCCACCUUCUCGGCCUUCCUCACCUUCUGGUCCUACGUCAUCGUCCUCAACACGGUGGUGCCCAUUUCUCUCUACGUCAGCGUGGAGAUCAUCCGCCUGGGGAACAGCUUCUUCAUAGACUGGGACAGGAAGAUGUACUACCCCAGGAACGACACCCCCGCCCAGGCCAGGACCACCACGCUCAACGAGGAGCUGGGGCAGAUCAAGUACAUCUUCAGCGACAAGACGGGAACCCUGACGCAGAACAUCAUGACGUUCAACAAGUGCUCCAUCAACGGGAAGCCUUACGGGGAACUGUUUGACUUUUCUGGACAACGAGUAGAAAUAACGGAGAAAACAGAAAGAGUGGACUUCUCCUGGAACCAGAUGGCUGAUCCCAAGUUCAUCUUUCACGACCAUAGUCUGGUGGAAACGGUGAGGGAGGGAAACCUGGAGGCUCAGACCUUCUUCCGUUUGCUGGCUCUGUGCCACACGGUGAUGCCCGAGGAAAAGAAGGAGGGAGAGCUUUUCUAUCAGGCUCAGUCCCCCGACGAAGGCGCUCUGGUGACGGCAGCCAGAAACUUUGGCUUCGUGUUCCGCUCGCGCACACCUGAGACCAUCACGCUGAUGGAGAUGGGCACGAAGGUCACCUACGAACUCUUAGCUGUUCUUGACUUCAAUAACGUGCGAAAGAGGAUGUCAGUCAUAGUGAAAAGCCCUGAGGGCAAAAUGACUUUGUACUGCAAAGGAGCAGACACCAUCAUCUACGAAAGGCUGCACCCGUCCUGCACCAAACUGAUGGAGGUCACCACCGGGCACCUCAACGAGUACGCAGGCGACGGCCUUCGCACGCUGGUCCUGGCCUACAAGGACUUGGAUAGGAGCUACAUGGAGGAGUGGAAGCAGCGCCACCAUGAGGCCAGCACCGCGAUGGACGGACGGGAGGAGCGGCUGGACCAACUGUACGAAGAGAUAGAGAAGGAUCUGCUGCUGCUGGGGGCGACAGCAGUGGAGGACAAGCUGCAGGACGGAGUGCCUCAGACCAUUGAGCAACUGGCUAAAGCGGACAUCAAAAUCUGGGUGUUGACUGGAGACAAGCAGGAGACCGCGGAGAACAUCGGCUAUUCCUGCAACAUGCUGAGAGAGGAGAUGAGGGACAUUUUCAUUGUCUCCGCUAACACGGAGGAAGGAGUGAAGGAGGAGCUGCGGAACGCAAGAAGGAAAAUGUGUCCGGAUGCAGCGGAGGAGCCGCCCAUGACCACAGGGCGCGCGGGCCUGUUCUGGCUUCAGAGGACGCAGACUGUGAAGGAUGAGGAGGCGGACGGGGAAUACGGUCUAGUUAUAAACGGGCACAGCCUGGCCUUCGCGCUGGGGAAGAACCUGCAGCAGGAGCUGCUGAGGACGGCGUGCAUGUGUCAGACGGUGAUCUGCUGCAGGGUCACCCCUCUGCAGAAGGCUCAGGUGGUGGAGCUGGUGAAGAAGUACAAGCAGGCCGUCACUCUGGCCAUCGGGGACGGAGCCAACGACGUCAGCAUGAUCAAAGCUGCUCACAUCGGCGUGGGCAUCAGCGGGCAGGAGGGCAUGCAGGCCGUCCUCUCCAGCGACUUCUCCUUCGCCCAGUUCCGGUACCUGCAGCGCCUCCUGCUGGUGCACGGCCGCUGGUCCUACCUGCGCAUGUGCACGUUCCUGCGGUACUUCUUCUACAAGAACUUCACCUUCACCUUCGUGCACUUCUGGUACGCCUUCUUCUGCGGCUUCUCUGCACAGACGGUGUAUGACGAGUGGUUCAUUACCAUGUACAACCUGAUUUACACAGCACUUCCUGUUCUGGGCAUGAGCCUCUUUGACCAGGACGUGAACGACCGUUGGAGCUUCCAGUACCCUCAGCUCUACACUCCAGGCCAGCGCAACAUGUACUUCAGCAAGCGGGCGUUUGUGAGCUGCAUGGUCCACAGCUGCUACAGCUCCCUGGUUCUGCUCUUCGUCCCGUGGGCCGCCAUCCAGGACACGGUGCGGGACGACGGCAAAGACAUCGCAGACUAUCAGUCCUUCGCGCUGCUGGCGCAGACCUGUCUGCUGGUCGUCGUGAGCGUCCAGCUGUGUCUGGACACCCUUUACUGGACAGCGGUGAACCAGUUUUUUGUGUGGGGCAGCCUGGCCGCCUACUUCGCCAUCACAUUCACCAUGUACAGCAAUGGCAUGUUCUUCAUCUUCACCUCCUCCUUCCCCUUCAUCGGCACCGCGAGAAACUCUCUGAACCAGCCCAACGUGUGGCUGACCAUCCUCCUGACCUCCCUGCUCUGUAUUCUGCCUGUGGUGGCCUUCCGCUUCAUACUUAUUCAGCUUCGGCCCACCAUCAAUGAAAAGGUGAGAAACAAGGUCCGAACGGAGGUUCUGCCGGCGCCGGCGCCGCGGCGCCCGCCUGUCCGGCGCAUCAGCACCCGUCGCUCGGGCUACGCCUUCUCCCACGCUCAGGGCUACGGUGACCUGGUGACCUCCAGGAGGUUCCUCCUGAAGCGGCCCAUGAAGAGUCGCCCGGUGCUGUUCAUGCAGACGGACUCCCCGCUGGCCCAGAAUCAGCCCCAGCACUACCGCACCAUCGCAGAGGAGCCAGAGGAGGCGCAGAGCCCUUAGAGCAGCAGCACUGGGUUAAUGCAGCACACGAAGCCAAAAGGACCACAGCACGGUUUCACUUAAUGUCAGUACAGCUGUGUGAUUGGUUCCUGACUUUGCUUUUAUUUUGAAAAACAGAGUUUUACUUUGUGUGUUUUUAUAGAUGUCUCUGUUCAAUGUUGCCCCCAAUAAUUAGCUCUAAUUCGGUUUCAUGAAAUUCCAUCUCAUGACUCAGGACUUCAUUCUAAUAAAUAUAUAAUAAAUCUUUUUGCCUUUUUACUUUGACGUUUACAUAAUUAUUCCAAUAACUGUUUCGUAAUUCUCACAUGCACCGGCAGGGGUCACUGUUGUCUGUAGAACUGUUUAGCAUCAUAAUGCGACUAGGUCAGCAGGCAGUAGAUAAAAAGAAAAAAGUUUGUCUCUGCAUUUUCUGUCAUUGUGAGUUUCAUUUUAUAAUUUUAGACAUUAAACAUAGUUUUACCUCCUGGAUGUUUUGGCUGGAUUGUCUUAAUGUGAAUAUUGGAGAUCAUUUGUAAACAAAACUAAUUUCAAGCACUUUUUAAUAAAAAGUACAGC